CGCGAUGGGUGGCGUAAUAUGGACAACAACCCUUCAAGCACGUCGUCGCCCAUGGCGGUCGCAUCAUCUUCGGCUACUAUGUCCUCAGGAACCGUCGCACAGCAAAUGCAGUAGCAGGAUGCCGAGUUCACCUCGCUCAAGAAGAGCUCGAGCUUCACUGAUGAGCUGCCGCCAUUCAAUUAGCUUAUUCACACGAACAUACUGAUGGAAUAC